AUGGCGCAGCAGCAGCCCCAGCAUCAAAAUCAAAGCCCACCAUUCACCAUUGAGAUAAGUGAUGACGACUACGUUAAAUAUGGUGCAGUGCAUGAUGACCUGAUCGCAAAGCUCCGGGGGCUAUCUCCCGAGAACCGUGAGCUCGCCCUCCAGGCCUUAAUGUGGCUGUCCUGUGCACGAAGACCACUGGUAACAGAGGAAUUGGGGUACGCGCUCGCCUUGACGGAAGGUACUACAAGAAGGCUGGACAAGCCCAGUCACACCAACGCUGCCCGACUAAGAGCUGCCUGUUCUGCAUGUGCCGGCUUCGUCUCCGAACGCGAGGAAAAUAUCCUGGUGCGUUAUAUCAGGGAUCAGCAUGAUGUUCUGGGGUACGUGUAUAAAGUGAAGCCCAGUAUCAGUCUGACUGAUCAGGUGGCUGAGUAUUUUACUAUGGUGUGGAAGUGCUGGUUUCCCCAUGCGCAUCGCGAUAUAGCCAUUGCAUGCCUUCGGUACGUAUCUCUCGAGGCCUUUGGUACGGAGGAACCCCCGACCGAUGAAUACGAGUUCUAUGCCUAUGCAGCCCAGAACUGGGGGUAUCAUGCUGAGAUGCAACCGGUUCCGCAGUCUUUGGUCAUGGACUUUCUGGAGAAUGAGAAGAAUGUUCUGGCGUGCUCGAAGUACUUGCCCUUGAAGCGUGUGUGUGGUUGUUGCAUCUUGGGAAAACCGAAGACGAUCACCAAGCUUCAUCUAGCGGUUUAUUUCGGGCUCGACGAUACCGUGAGAUAUCUCAUUGAGGCUGGAGCGGAGCUUGAUGUGAAGGAUGGCGAGGGACGCACACCGCUGUCCUGGGCAGUCGAGUUGGGACGAUCAAGUAUUGCGAAAUACCUGCUCAACCAUGGUGCGGAUGCGAAUAUGCCAGAACGCUUACAAAACACGUUGGGAUGGGCCGUUGUCAACGGGGACCCUGGCCUGUUUCAUAUGUUGAUCGACUAUGGAGCUCGGCCGGGGUGUGCACACCCUACGUGGGAGGACAUACUCUUGAAGGCAGCGAUCAAAGGACAGGAGGACCUUAUCCGGAUACUCAUUGAUAGAGGUGUGGAUUGGGCCAACUUCCGAGACCGCCAUUGGGGCCGUAGCCCGAUAUCCCAGGCAGCGGAGUAUGGCCGGGAGAACGUGGUCAAGCUCCUUCUUGACCAUGGCGCAGACCCCAAUUCCAAGGAUAUUAACGGAGAGCAACGGAGUCAAAGGAACGAUGGAAAGACCCCCUUCACAUGGGCUGUUCAAAAUAGCCACACGGCUGUCGUCAACCUUUUGAUCAGGCACGGCGCUUGUCCGGGUUCCAUCAACCCCAUGGCUCACGUGUCCGCCGCUAUCCGAGGUCAAUACAACCUAUCCCAAUACCUGCUUGAGCAAAAUGUUUCCCCUAUGAUCCACGAACCAAACUUCGGGCGCUCUCCGCUGUCCCAGGCGGCUGAGUAUGGACGGGACAAUGUCACGAAGCUCCUGCUGGAUUGGGGCGUCGAUCCGAACAUGAGGGACAUAAAUGGCAAGAACACGACCCAGAAUAACGAGGGAAAGACGCCGUUGAUGUGGGCAUCCAUGAAUGGUCAUCUAUCAAUUGUGAAGCUCCUACUAGAUAGGGGAGCAGACCGGAACUUGCAGGAGAGGGACGGCAGGGCGGCCCUUUCUUGGGCAGCAGAACACGGCCGUGCAGCAGUAGUACAGACUCUACUGCAACGCGACGCAGAUGCCAACCAACCUGAUACCUAUCGCUGCCAGACUCCCAUCUCGUGGGCUGCGAUGAAUGGCCAUCGGGAUGUUGUGAUGCUACUGCUGAUACACGGCGCCGAUGCUCUCAAAAAGGAUCGGACCGGCCAAACAGCACUCGACAGGGCCUCUACACAUAACCACCAGGCGGUUAUUCAGCUUCUCCUGGAGCUUGGAUUGCCCAGACCAUGCAGGACAAACGGUCAUGAAAUGACCACCUUUCAGUGCAAACCCUUUGAGUACACACCGCUGCCCGGACCCACGUCCAUUCGCCUGUUAUCCCGCGUCAAGAAUACCGCUGAGGUCAAAGCAUCGAUUAUGGGGGUGCCACUACCACAGUACUCUGUAGAAACUUUUGACCUAAAUGACGGUCCGCCUUUCGAAGCUCUGUCAUAUACUUGGGGCUCUCCAUUUCCCGCGGACUCCGAGAAAGCAAGGGAAUACGACAACGACGACCGAUGGCCAAUUUGUAUUAAUGGCAGUCUCACCUUCGUCCAUAAAAAUCUUUAUGAGUUUUUACAGCAAGACUAUAUGCUAGAAGACUCGGUGGAUGACCGCGAUGGGCCAUAUAGGAAGACUGGACUUAUACGUGCGGCAGAGGAAGGGAAUAAUGAAGCCCUGCGGUUCUAUGUAUCUCGUCAUGCGGAUACAGAAGCGGAUGACAUAUUCGGAAAGACCGCCAUUCAUUAUGUCGCCGAGCAGGGCAACUUUGAGGGUGUGAAGAUUCUAGUUCAGGCUGGCGCCGACGUUGCGAGGGUCGAUGGCACUGGGAAAUCGCCACUGGCAUAUGCAACUAGUCAGCCGUCUUCACACCUGCAUAUUAUUGAAUGCUUGACUGACGCACUGUCACGCCCAGCUGGUGUCCGCCGACGAAUGAGUGGACGGCGUCUGUGGAUUGACGCCAUUUGCAUCAACCAGAACGAUGUGCCCGAGCGGAAUGCCCAGCUGGCGAUCAUAUCCCAGGUCUACACCCAGGCGGUCACAGUUCUAGUCUGGCUAGGAAUUGAAGAUGAGUAUACCACACAUGCGAAUGAAUCCCUGCGGAUUGGUGGUGGAUCGGAAUGCCCGGCCAUUCGCGAGUUGGUGAAUAUCCCACGCUAUUCCAAUAUCAUAUCUUAUCCUCUCUCGCCGCAAUGUCGCGGAAUCAUCAACCUGGUGAACCGAACAUGGUUCACACGCGUUUGGGUGAUACAGGAGGCCGCAUUGGCCAGGCGAAUCCGGAUGUUCUGUGGAAAAAAUGAAUUUAACUAUUUAGAAGUUUUUCAUUUGCUUCAAUGCUACCUUGGCCCGACCUCAGUCGGGACAUUUGAUCCCAGUAUAAGGUCGAAUAUUGGCGGCACAGAAGGGUACCUUAUCACUGACAUCCGACUGCGGGUUAACCCGAACGGAGAGGACAGGGCGUUUAUAGAGGACCAGACCAAGAGACACAACCGACGGAUUGACUUCCUCCGGCGAGGAAAGCUCACACUCCCUCUCCUAAUAUCUCGCUUGUGGACCAUGAAGGUAACCGAUCCAAGAGACAAAGUCUUUGCCAUACUUGGUCUUGCUCAGGGGCCCAAUGAUGAUAAGCCGAGGAUCUUUGCAGACUACAGUAAACCAGUUGAUGAUGUCUUCGUGUCUACAGCGCAGCUUUUCCUCCUCGGCUGCUCCGAGGCCUUGGGGCUGUGGCAGACUGGGGAACAGCAAGGACUGGAACCUCUCGAAGGACUGUCGUAUGUGCAACGAUUGCCGCGAGACCAUCCUUUGGCUUCUGACUAUCUCGAUCGACUGCCCUCUUGGGUCCCAGAUUUCAAUGCUCCCCUAUUUACGCAGCGUUUUUGGUGCUCAUACUUCAAGGCGGGAACUAGCAUCAAGUCCCCGAACCCCCUGCAACCCUCAGACUCGCGGACAUAUACGUUAAACGGGAUACUAGUUGACGAGAUCAGAGCCAUGCAGAACGAUCUGACCAACCCAAUGGAAAUGCGCUAUGACCCAUGCCACUGGUUGGAGGUCAUUAUCACCAUGGCCCCGACGUAUCCAACAGGGGAAAGCCGCACUGAAGCUUUAUGCCACACGCUGAUGGCUAACAACUCCUGGCGCAACGCGGAGAGCCUUGAUGAAGAGACGCGAUUGGGUUUCAGGACUUUCUUUUUGCGAUCGCUGUGUUUUUACCUACGAACCCCGAAAGUUGUCGAACACGUCAGACGGCUUCGGGAAACCGAUCCCUCCAACUUGCUCCCCUCGGUGGAGGAGCUGCAGGCCCAUCUCAAAAGUCGCGAGGCGGAAGGCCAAAGCAGUGCCGCCAAAGAUGGUGCCUAUCAUCCGGUCAAUAGCCGCUCAUCGUUCGCAGAUAGGCGAGGGUAUCAUCACAGAGGUCGAGCGCUUUUUCAGACACAAAAAGGGCUUCUAGGACUGGGACCGUACUGGGCACAACCGGGUGAUCAGGUGUGGGUGGUUGCUGGAGGCCGCACUCCCUUAGUCUUGAGGCCGGUGUCUGAGUCAAAGGGGUCCAGAGCAGCGCUUGUCGGAGAGGCCUACGUUCAUGGUAUCAUGAACGGAGAGCUCAGAGAGGACGAGGAGAGGAAGGUGCAACCAGUGGUGUUGGUCUAG